GGAAAAGGAGGAAAGAGUCAGACAGUAGCACCAGUAUAAUAAAACAUCUCCAACACAGCCAGGUUCGCACCAACGAAACCUAGAGAUAUCAGCCCGCCUCGCUCUAGUACAGUUCUGUAUUCCAGACAACACCGCGCCCAUCCCAUCACAGCUUCUCCGCGCGGUACCGUAUUAUGAUAAGUUAGCAGAGUAAGGUUCACACAGGUCCCCGCACUCGCCCUCCGCCCAAGAAAUUUGCAGGCUCUGGCUCUCCUCUCUCCCGCGGCAAGAAUGGAUCCAAAACUCCUCUGGCAGCGUGCGGACACGGGCUCCCGAAUCUCUGCACGAUUUUUCACUCGUCGACUAUCCCUGCGCGUCCUCGCUCUGCUGUCAAUCUGCGUGGUACUUUACAAUGUUGUCUACAGCACCGAGCUGCGGAGACGACUGGAGAUGAAUGUCCAAGCACCGAGGCAUACGGGUCAGCCUCAACAUGGGACAGAUACAGCUGAACUGGAGGAUGGCCCCCCGAGCGCAACCUGUUUCGGCGCCGAGCUCGGGCAUAAUGGAACCGAGAAGGCGACCCUGGUUAUGCUCGUAAGGAAUAGUGAGCUCCACGGGGCCUUGUCUUCUAUCAGGAUGGUCGAGGAUAGGUUCAAUAGACGAUUCCACUAUCCGUGGACUUUCCUUAACGACAAGCCAUUCACCGACGACUUCAUCAAGUACACUUCCGGACUCGCCAGUGGCCCGGUUGAAUACGCCGUCAUCCCGGAGGAUGAUUGGUCCAUUCCCGACCAUGUAAACACGACAAUUAUGAGAGCAGAAAUGUUGCGGAUGGCAAAACAGGAGAUCAUCUAUGGCGGUUCCUUAUCUUACCGACACAUGUGCCGAUUUAACUCGGGAUUCUUUUACAACCAAGAGGUCAUGAGGAAGUAUGAUUGGUACUGGCGUGUUGAACCUGGAAUCGAGCUCUACUGCGAUAUUAAUUAUGACCCAUUCACUUUCAUGCGGGAGAACAAGAAAAUAUACGGCUUCGUAAUUAGCAUGUACGAAUUCAGGGAUACCAUCACGACACUUUGGGACAGAACGAGACAAUUUCUGAACCAUGGGGAUUACAAUCUCUGCCAUUUUUGGAGCAACUUCGAGAUUGCCUCCUUGGAAUUUUACCGCAGCGAAGCUUAUUCCAGAUACUUUGAGUUCUUGGAUAGCACAGGAGGAUUCUUUUACGAACGAUGGGGCGAUGCUCCUGUUCACUCUAUAGGGGUUGGAUUAUUUGCCCCCAAGGAUUCAAUUCACCAUUUCGCGGACUUUGGCUACUCACAUCCACCUUGUGCUCGCUGUCCACAGGACGACGAAUCGCACACUUCCGGGCGAUGCGUGUGCAGUCGGAACAAAAACUUUGACUCGGACAGCUACUCAUGUCUCCCACGAUGGUGGAAAGUGAACAGGGGUACUGGAUGGAUUUAAUUUAAUUCCCUUUUCCUAUAGAAUGGUUCCACAUCCGGGUCAUACACGUCAUUAGUUUCAGGAGUUGGGCGUGGGGAGCAUUUGUGCGUUUUUUUGUACUGAAAAUCUACUCGUAUAAUAUCUAGACAGUGAAGCCCGCGGAAUUUUAUUUCAUUGUUUUGUCCAA